AUGCCGUCCAGACUGCGCAAUGCACUCCCAAGGAGCCUAUCGCGUCCCUUGGAUCCUGGUGGUGCCUAUUAUUGCCCUUCUUGCACACCCUGCCGACGAACGCUGGCAACACAUACCCGUAUAAACACCAACGGUGACAAAUUCGACCGAGCGCGUCGGGGCCGUCGCAAGCUGGAGUCCGCAUCGGCGACAAAUCUACGCCCAUUCACUACAUCGCCUGCCAUAAAUCCCGGCAAGACCGUUCCGCCCCAGCUCAAGGAGUUGUACGAUGCCCUUGGUGGAGUCAAGGAUGCGGCGAUCGAGCAGGUCAGCAUCAGUCGAUUGCAGCUUGCCUUGCGAGGAUUGGAGUCGGAGGCACCAUUGAUUAGAAUUGCCGUACUCGGGCUUGACAAUGCCGACUCCGCGCGCAAGCUGGUUCGCCUUCUGCUAGCCGAUCCACUGGGACCACGAGAGGACUGGGAAAAUGUGCUAGAAGGAUACGAAUCCGAUCCUACGCGAGAUACGGCGAAGUUUCUGAGACCACCCCCCAAUGACCUCCUGCCAACAAUUACGGUUCGAUCGCCUCUACUAAAGAAGGGCAAUAUGGAAAUCCUCGUCAGCUCUCUUGGUUCUGACUCAGGUUCCUCCGGCACCACCCUUUCCGCCGACACCUUCCUUGUUCCAAAUGUCACGAUUCAAACAUCCCACUCGGGCAGACAGAAUGUUGUGCGUUAUCCCGUUCAUCGGAGCAUUGUGUGCGCAGAGGGAGUCGAUGGACUCCUAGCGUUCAGUACGCUCAUGGGCCGCUCAAACCUCAAGAACGAAGUGGAAUCAAUUCGAGGAACGAUUGAGCUCUCGGUAUCGGAGCAGAAUGGCAGUGGCAGCCGACUCUCUUUUGUGAAUAUUGCACAGGCCUCGACGGCCCUGGAUAAGAUUCGUGAGACCGUGAAGAAUGCCACAGAGUAUGAACGAGGGUGGACCGGCAGCGGUGUGCAGCCUGUUAUUGAUUGGUUGUCAGCUUCUGCCCAGAGUUCCAGGCAUGAUGCGUUGAAUCCAGCAUUGGUUCCGCUCAUUGAGUCUCUCCUCGACUCAGCCGACGAGGGGUACAAUGCUCAAACUGCCAAGGCGAUCUAUGACCAGACUAUUGGCGUCGCCCCAGAGGAAGUGCGCUCCGAGCUCGCGGGUGGUGUUACAAACUGGGCAGAGAAAGCCCACUCAGAACUCCGCAGCUCUCUCGAAGCAGGCUUCGCUAGCCCACGAUGGCGUGGCCUGGCUUGGUGGAAGCUAUUCUGGCGCGUUGACGACGUGGGUAUGAUCACAUCCGAGAUCCUGGAGAAGCGAUUCCUUCGCCGCGCGGAGCGGGAUGUCAUUUGGACGUCCGGCAAAUUCCAGCAGGCUGGCCUGUUGGACGAAUCUUCUCCGUCUACCGAAUCUACCUCGGAUGGCACUGCCCCUGCCAAGUCCACCCCACCCCCUUGGCCAACCCAGAUCACUGAUACCCGUGCCAAACUACUCAGUACCACCGUCCCCUCUCUCCAAGCGCUUGCCCAGAGCCUGGUGCUCUUCAGCAUCUCCACUACCACCCUCACAUCUGCCCUCUCUGCCCUCACAUACGUCUCUAUUCCCACCGCCUCGGUAUACGAGACAUGCACACUGGGUGCAGUGGGUUUGAUAUAUUCUCUACGGCGUCAACAAAAGAAGUGGGAUGUGGCUCGUGGUUUCUGGGAAGACGAGGUUCGUGAGGAAGGUCGGAACUCUCUUCUCGAUACAGAGGCCUCCUUGCGGAAGAUUGUCCGCGAGGGUGGCAAGCAAACUGAAGAUGUGACUGACCACCGCACACGAGACGCCAUUACUCGUGCCCGCAAGGCUCUGGAAGAUGUCAAGGCGUGA